UUCAGCCCGCAGUCACUCACAACAAGACGGACAGGAGAGCGGACCUGGGUCUGGAUCAGAACAGAAACUCUACAGAAGUUCUUCUUUGUUAUGAACUCCGGUUCCGAACGGGUUCGACUGUCGCUGCUUUUCUGCUGACAGACUUUAAGACUAAAAAUUAUCUCUUUUUUAAAUCAUCUUCUUCCUGGAGCAGCGAUGCCAGAGGACAUCGGAACAGCCAAACCCGGAGGAGUCAUCGCCUACAUUUCUUCCGGGUCUUCCUCGGAGUCCGGCGUGAGCGGCGGGUACACGUCGCCGGCCGUGCCCCGGCCCUCGCUGCCCAGCAGGGCCGUGGGCAUGGUGGUGGACAUCGCUCCGCCGGCGAAGAGCGCCGCCGCCGAGAAGUCGGGCCGCUCCGCCUCGUCUGCCAAAAGCAGCAUCACCAAAAUCAACGGGAUGGUGCUGCUCUGCAAAGUGUGUGGAGACGUGGCCUCGGGUUUCCACUACGGCGUCCACGCCUGCGAGGGGUGCAAGGGCUUCUUCAGGAGAAGCAUCCAGCAGAACAUCCAGUACAAGAAGUGUCUGAAGAUGGAGAAUUGCACCAUCGUGAGGAUCAACAGGAACCGCUGCCAGCAGUGUCGCUUCAAGAAGUGCCUGGCUGUCGGCAUGUCCCGAGACGCUGUGAGAUUUGGGCGCAUCCCAAAGCGGGAGAAGCAGCGGAUGCUGCUGGAGAUGCAGAACGCCAUGAACAGCAUGAUGAGCAAGAACGGUGAGCUGAACAGCAUGCUGCACGGCGACCAGAGCUCCUCGCUGCUCAUGGAGUCGAUGAGCAGCGACACCAGCUCGUCCUCGUCGACCUCCGAGUCUCCGUCGUGUUCCAGCCCGUCCUCCCCUCGGUGCCCCCAGGACUCGGAGUCCGUGGUCUCCAUGGACACCAACUCCAGCUCCUCCUGCGCGUCGGACAGCAGCGAGGACGAGGGCGCCGCCACGGUGAGCAGGCCAGACGCCAUGGAGACGGGCUGCGACGGCGGCGCGCAGCGGCAGCCGGAGAGCUCGAGCUGUUGGAACGACAGUUCUGUGGCGUCGGGUGGGCUCCAGCGCUGUCCGUACGGCGGCGCCGCCACUAACCCCACCUACAGGGAGGAGACCACCUUCAGCCGCCUGAACAGCAGACCCUACCUGGUCUGUCCCAUGAACACCUCGCCUUAUGUGGACCCCAACAAGCCCAGCCAGGAGGUCUGGGAGGAGUUCUCCAUGAGCUUCACCCCCGCCGUGCGGGAGGUCGUCGAGUUCGCCAAGAGUAUCCCGGGUUUCCGUGACCUCCCCGUGCACGACCAGGUGUGCCUGCUGAAAGCUGGAACGUUCGAGGUGCUGAUGGUCCGAUUCGCCUCGCUGUUCAACCUGGCCGAGCGAACGGUCACCUUCCUGAGCGGCAAACGCUACAGCCUGGACAAGCUGCGGGCGCUCGGCGCCGGCGAGCUCCUCAACUCCAUGUGCGAGUUCAGCGAGAAGCUGGCGGCUCUGAGGCUCAGCGAGGAAGAGCUCCGCCUCUUCACCGCCGUGGUGCUCGUCUCAGCCGAUCGCUCAGGAGUCCAGGACCUGAACUCGCUGGAGGCCCUGCAGGAGAAGCUGAUCUGGUCCCUGCGGAACCUGGUGGUGGAGAACCACGGCGACGAGGCCGCCACCACCUUCACCAAACUGCUGCUCAAGCUCCCCGAGCUGCGUUCGCUCAACAACAUGCACUCCGAGGAGCUGCUGUCCUUCAAAGUUCACCCCUGAGGGCCUGGUUCGGCCUUCACCUGGACCUGGACCUGCCUCUGACUUUGCCCCGCCCCCCCCCCUCCUUCUUCCUGUAUUCGACCAACUCUGUGUUCGUCCGUGGAAUGUAUGAAGUUUUUUUAUUGUUUUACUGGUUGAGUCGGGAUCUGAAGAGAGAUGAUAAAGUUUACUGUAGUGGUAGAAGAGAUAGCUUUGCUUGUUGCACAUGAACACACACACAGCAUGUGUGUUAGAGGUUUUAGAUUGAAUGCAUUUUAUAUAAAAAGAAAAUAUACAGUGCAGAAAUGAAAUUGUCUUUUUUUUUAUACAUCUGUUUCCUCCAAAAGCCAUUAAUUCCAAAGUGUAUUCUCUGAGCGGGUGAAUGAACCUGUGUGAACACUGCUAAUGCAUGGCUGCAGUUAACAACCCGCUCCCAUCACACAGACAGCACCAGCUGCUUGUUGGGUGUACAUACUGUUUUUAUUUUUAUUUAACUUGUUUAUUUGUUCGCUGCCGCCUCGUUUCCAGAGGCGUCCGUUCGAAGCAGAGACACUAACGUUUGCACAAGUUUCGGAGCUGAAAAUAUCAAGUAAAGCUAGAAGUCCACCGCGUUUUUUUUUUUCUUUUUCGCCCGCUUCGUUAUUUUUAUUUUGUAAUGAAACGUUUCAGCAUGGCACUGAAUUUUGUCACCUGUUUUCCUGAUGGAGUUUGUUGAAAUAUCAACUGCUGGCAACACUGCCAUAUGUAAAUACUCAUGAAAUACAUAUAUGAACUAUA